AUGGCAGCCUCCACUCAUUCGUCUGCUGCUACAGCGGACGAGAUCGUUCCCGACCUUCAAGUACUCCCCGCAGAGCACGAAAAGUUGCUAUCUCAAGUUCCCCAGCAAGGUCGCGACUUUCUCAGCAGUGCACCCUUUUACAAGGCAAUGGUUGAAGCUGCGCGUGAAGCCAAUACUUUACUUCUUUUCAAUGUCGAAAACAAUGAUGCUGUUACCGAGUCCCGCCGAUUUCUCGCACUCAAGAUCUAUCUUCGUGAUAGUAUGGCGAACAAGGUUAGUCCUACUCCACUUAUGGAUGCGGUAUGGCACUAACUGAUUCUCAACACCCAAGUCUAUGAGGAGCUGCAAAAUCAAAUUGGAUUAA